AUGCCCCGACCACGAUCCAGAUCAAGAGACAGAGAUAGGGAGAGAGACCGUAAAUACCGAGAUCGAUCAAGAUCUCGUGAGAGGGAUAGGGAGCGAAGACAUAAAGAUAGGUCAGCUUCGCCUUAUGACAGAGACAGGGAUCAUAAAAGGUUGAAGAGGAAGGACAAUGUGAGAGAUCCUUCGGUAUCUGAUGAUGAAGAAGGAGUAGAUCUGAGGGAUAUGGGAGUAAAGGAGAUAGGGGAAGAAGAUUAUUUUCUGAAAUCAAGUGAAUUUAAGGCUUGGCUAAAAGAAGAUAGAGGCAAGUACCUCGACGAAAUGUCAUCCGAAUCUGCUCGUAAAUACUUCAGAAAGUUCAUGAGGCGAUGGAAUGACGGGCUCCUGAAGCCUCAUCAAUAUCAUCCGCCCGCCACCACAUCCGCUUCUGAGAAUACAGGCUACAAGUGGUCUUUUGCCUCUAAGGGCGAUACAACCUCAUCUCUCAAGAGCAUUCGAGAAGACGUGGCUCGUUCUACUCACUCGUCCGUACGAAAGGGUACAGAGGCCCAAUCGAUCAAUUCGUACUCUCAUGGGCCACCUACCAUUGGACCAUCACCCUCAGCUAGCUCGUCCAGCAGGCCUUUAGGUCCAAGUAUGCCUACUUCGUCGGAUCGUCAAUAUGCUCUGGAAGUAGCGCAGAAUACAAGAAAGGCAGAGAGGAAAUCGCAUCUUAGGGAUAUGUAUAACAAGGCGGAUGAGUUGGUGCCGAAAUCAGGAGGGAGGGAAGGUAAAUUAGAAGAACGAAAAGCUACAAAUGCGGAGAAUAAACGGUAUAGAGAUAAAGAUACUGCUGCUGGAUUGGAGAUGGAUGAAGGGACGUUGAUGGGUGAUGAAGGUAGUUUCGCAGCUGCGCUUAGAGCAAGAGAACAAGCUGAAUCUCGUAGGAAAGACAGGAAAGAUUUCGCUGUUCAGGAUCGGAGAGCGGCCGAUUCGGAGAGGUUGAUGGAGAGGAAAGCGAAAGAGAGCGCUACAAUGGACAUGUUUAAAGCUCUUGCGAAAGAAAGGUUUGGAUGA